CACCGAAGUGCCUCUCACUGAUAAGCCUUACCUCAUGCCUCGUACAUCGCCAUGGACGAGUCGAGGAUAGUAUAUAUAUGCCGCCUUUGUGAGCAAUGGUAACCUCAAGUCCCAGUCUGCCUAGUGGUUCAAGUAUGGCGACUGCAGCUCCUCAAGACCAGGAUCAAAUAGCCUAUGUACACUCCGUAUCUUCUUACUCGGAGGAGAAGAGCGCCAUCACCGCAGAAAUUAAAUCCGUGUCUGGUGACUCUGAAGGGUCAGAGCCUCAUGUACAAUUCCUAAACACAGAUGAUCCAUUUCCGGAGCUUCCGGAUGCCCCUGUCGAGGAACAACAGCUAACCGUUCGAGCUGUACUAGUCGGCUGCAUUUUGGGGGGCAUCAUCGCAGCCAGCAACAUCUACCUGGGUCUCAAAACGGGGUGGACAUUUGGCGCGUCGUUGUUCGGCUCGAUUAUAGGCUUCGCGAUCUUGAAACCACUCUCAAGAACUGCACCGACAUUUCUUGGCGGGGGCUAUUUUGGGCCUAAAGAGAACAAUGUUUGUCAAUCUGCCGCCACGUCAGCGGGAAGCCUUGGGUUGCUCUUCACCUCGGGUUUUCCUGCCGCAUACCAACUUGGGCUACUGAGCGCUCAUCCCAAAGACGACUUUGCCAGACUAAUCACUUUCACGAUUUGUUGUGCCUUCUUUGGUUUGAGCUUCACUCAACCGCUGAGGAAGUUUUAUAUUUUGAAGUUGAAGCUCGUAUUUCCUUCCGGCGUGGCUGCUGCGUACACGAUUCAAUCUUUGCAUGCGGGCAAGAACGCAGAAGUGACAGCAAAGAAGAAAACCAAGGCGCUGUUCUUCUCCUUCCUCUUUGCCAUUUCUUUACGGGUGGUCAGCGAGUAUGCUCCAGGAUUGCUUUGGGAUUGGCACAUUUUCUACGCUCUGAAUCGAAUCGGGUGGAGUUCAGUGAUCGCCGCUGAGAGCUGGGGAUGGAUUUGGGAGUGGACCCCCGCGUUCAUUGGCGCAGGGAUGCUCACGGGUAUCAAUGCCUCGUAUAGUUUCAUCGGUGGAAGUUUCCUCGCUUGGGCUGUUUUGGGUCCCAUUAUUGUCGCCAGAGGAAUAGCUUUCGGGACCCCUGCAGACCCAUCUAUACCUGGAUACAUGAAUUAUAUGGGAAUGACUCUUCAAGAUCCGAUCAACGAUCCAUCUCCGAGAUACUGGCUGCUCUGGCCUGGCACAUUAAUGCUUAUCUGCGCAAGUUUCGCAGAAGUAGCAUGCAAUUGGAGGUCUUUGUAUGCAGCAAUCCGCUCCGCUUUCGGAAUGAUCCUGCAACGAUUCUCAAAAGACGGUGUAGUGGACGAAAUUGUGGAUCCUGUACCCGAGCAUGAACGCGUGCCUUUCUGGGCUUGGGGUUCUGUGCUUGUCCUCAGUACGAUCGUUACAUGUGUCGUAAUGGGUGUUCAGUUCGGACAGAACGUCGGCAUUACUCUCCUCGCGAUCGUGUUCUCUUUUUUGUUCAGUUUCAUUGGUUGUGAAAGCUCUGGCCGGACAAAUAUCAAUCCCGUCACAUCGAUCGGUAAUGCCUCGCAGCUCAUUUUUGGAGGAUUAGGAAGGGGUCGGAACUACAGCGUCCAACGAGGCGAGCUCCUGAACUUGCUUUCUGGAAUGUUGACGCUAGGUGCCGCGGAACAAGCUGGGGAUAUGAUUGGCGAUCUCAAAACGACACACCUCCUCCGCGCGUCCCCAAAGGCCGUUUACGUAGCUCAACUCUGUGGAGCUGUAGUAUCAAUUUUCAUGGCUGCCGGUCUCUACGUCGUGUUUUCCACCGCUUACCCGUGCAUCAACGAUUUGAGCUACACAACAUGCGCCUUCCCCGCGCCUGAUGUACAGUCAUGGCGUGCAGUGGCCGUUGCUGUGUCUUCGAGCACGUUGCCCAUUCCACCGUCUUCUGGAUAUGCUGCUAUCGCACUUGGAUUGGUAGCCGUCAUCUCUGUCGUGGCGAAGUAUACUGUGGUUCCUCCGAAAUAUCACGACUUCGUACCCAACUUCAAUGCUAUUGGAAUUGGCUUCAUAAUGAACGUCUGCACGUACCCUAUGGCAAUGUUUACUGGCUCGACUAUUGCAUUUUUCUGGAGGAGAAUGUUCUUCAACAACUACCAGAUGUAUUGUUUUGCUGUGGCAGCGGGUUUUAUUGCAGGAGAAGGUAUUGGUGGUAUCGUGAAUGCAGUUUUCACAAUUUCGGGCGUCUCUGGUGCAACAUACGGGACAUCUGUCGGGUGCCCUGGUAUGAUUUAUUGCGGAUAGAUGUUAUGUAGGACUAGAGUCUAGACGGACAUUAAUGCGGAGAUCGAAAUGAAA